AUGGACGCGGGUUUGGUAAAACACCCGUCAGCUUUGAGUUUUACCACCAAUGAGAAUGACAUGGUAACACCACGCCAGAAACAGGAUGCAACUACUGAAAGCGGAAAACCCACAGCAAAUGUGGCUUUCACGUUGCUCCAAGCGACUCUCCCAAUCAUGACAACACAGGCUAUUUUACCAAGCCCAGGUCCAGAGACACCAAGCUCUACUGAGGCAAGUACUGAAACCACCAUUUCCACUCUGGUUUCUACUCCGUCGAUCCUGCCAACUACAUCUGCAGGAUAUUUGAAACAAAGUCUCUCAUCGUCCGCCCUCAUGGCGGUCACACAUCCCGCCAUACAAAUUGAAACAACUUUGAUCACACCAAUCCAUCAUUUCACAACACCAAUCGCCCACGUUGAUGAUCAGGCCACCCGAAUUGCAACUCCAGCCCUCAUUUCCGAUGAUAAGGUGGCAGCACAACAUGGACGCGGGUUUGGUAAACACCCGUCAGCUUUGAGUUUUACCACCAAUGAGAAUGACAUGGUAACACCACGCCAGAAACAGGAUGCAACUACUGAAAGCGGAAAACCCACAGCAAAUGUGGCUUUCACGUUGCUCCAAGCGACUCUCCCAAUCAUGACAACACAGGCUAUUUUACCAAGCCCAGGUCCAGAGACACCAAGCUCUACUGAGGCAAGUACUGAAACCACCAUUUCCACUCUGGUUUCUACUCCGUCGAUCCUGCCAACUACAUCUGCAGGAUAUUUGAAACAAAGUCUCUCAUCGUCCGCCCUCAUGGCGGUCACACAUCCCGCCAUACAAAUUGAAACAACUUUGAUCACACCAAUCCAUCAUUUCACAACACCAAUCGCCCACGUUGAUGAUCAGGCCACCCGAAUUGCAACUCCAGCCCUCAUUUCCGAUGAUAAGGUGGCAGCACAACAUGGACGCGGGUUUGGUAAACACCCGUCAGCUUUGAGUUUUACCACCAAUGAGAAUGACAUGGUAACACCACGCCAGAAACAGGAUGCAACUACUGAAAGCGGAAAACCCACAGCAAAUGUGGCUUUCACGUUGCUCCAAGCGACUCUCCCAAUCAUGACAACACAGGCUAUUUUACCAAGCCCAGGUCCAGAGACACCAAGCUCUACUGAGGCCACCCGAAUUGCAACUCCAGCCCUCAUUUCCGAUGAUAAGGUGGCAGCACAACAUGGACGCGGGUUUGGUAAACACCCGUCAGCUUUGAGUUUUACCACCAAUGAGAAUGACAUGGUAACACCACGCCAGAAACAGGAUGCAACUACUGAAAGCGGAAAACCCACAGCAAAUGUGGCUUUCACGUUGCUCCAAGCGACUCUCCCAAUCAUGACAACACAGGCUAUUUUACCAAGCCCAGGUCCAGAGACACCAAGCUCUACUGAGGCAAGUACUGAAACCACCAUUUCCACUCUGGUUUCUACUCCGUCGAUCCUGCCAACUACAUCUGCAGGAUAUUUGAAACAAAGUCUCUCAUCGUCCGCCCUCAUGGCGGUCACACAUCCCGCCAUACAAAUUGAAACAACUUUGAUCACACCAAUCCAUCAUUUCACAACACCAAUCGCCCACGUUGAUGAUCAGGCCACCCGAAUUGCAACUCCAGCCCUCAUUUCCGAUGAUAAGGUGGCAGCACAACAUGGACGCGGGUUUGGUAAACACCCGUCAGCUUUGAGUUUUACCACCAAUGAGAAUGACAUGGUAACACCACGCCAGAAACAGGAUGCAACUACUGAAAGCGGAAAACCCACAGCAAAUGUGGCUUUCACGUUGCUCCAAGCGACUCUCCCAAUCAUGACAACACAGGCUAUUUUACCAAGCCCAGGUCCAGAGACACCAAGCUCUACUGAGGCAAGUACUGAAACCACCAUUUCCACUCUGGUUUCUACUCCGUCGAUCCUGCCAACUACAUCUGCAGGAUAUUUGAAACAAAGUCUCUCAUCGUCCGCCCUCAUGGCGGUCACACAUCCCGCCAUACAAAUUGAAACAACUUUGAUCACACCAAUCCAUCAUUUCACAACACCAAUCGCCCACGUUGAUGAUCAGGCCACCCGAAUUGCAACUCCAGCCCUCAUUUCCGAUGAUAAGGUGGCAGCACAACAUGGACGCGGGUUUGGUAAACACCCGUCAGCUUUGAGUUUUACCACCAAUGAGAAUGACAUGGUAACACCACGCCAGAAACAGGAUGCAACUACUGAAAGCGGAAAACCCACAGCAAAUGUGGCUUUCACGUUGCUCCAAGCGACUCUCCCAAUCAUGACAACACAGGCUAUUUUACCAAGCCCAGGUCCAGAGACACCAAGCUCUACUGAGGCAAGUACUGAAACCACCAUUUCCACUCUGGUUUCUACUCCGUCGAUCCUGCCAACUACAUCUGCAGGAUAUUUGAAACAAAGUCUCUCAUCGUCCGCCCUCAUGGCGGUCACACAUCCCGCCAUACAAAUUGAAACAACUUUGAUCACACCAAUCCAUCAUUUCACAACACCAAUCGCCCACGUUGAUGAUCAGGCCACCCGAAUUGCAACUCCAGCCCUCAUUUCCGAUGAUAAGGUGGCAGCACAACAUGGACGCGGGUUUGGUAAACACCCGUCAGCUUUGAGUUUUACCACCAAUGAGAAUGACAUGGUAACACCACGCCAGAAACAGGAUGCAACUACUGAAAGCGGAAAACCCACAGCAAAUGUGGCUUUCACGUUGCUCCAAGCGACUCUCCCAAUCAUGACAACACAGGCUAUUUUACCAAGCCCAGGUCCAGAGACACCAAGCUCUACUGAGGCAAGUACUGAAACCACCAUUUCCACUCUGGUUUCUACUCCGUCGAUCCUGCCAACUACAUCUGCAGGAUAUUUGAAACAAAGUCUCUCAUCGUCCGCCCUCAUGGCGGUCACACAUCCCGCCAUACAAAUUGAAACAACUUUGAUCACACCAAUCCAUCAUUUCACAACACCAAUCGCCCACGUUGAUGAUCAGGCCACCCGAAUUGCAACUCCAGCCCUCAUUUCCGAUGAUAAGGUGGCAGCACAACAUGGACGCGGGUUUGGUAAACACCCGUCAGCUUUGAGUUUUACCACCAAUGAGAAUGACAUGGUAACACCACGCCAGAAACAGGAUGCAACUACUGAAAGCGGAAAACCCACAGCAAAUGUGGCUUUCACGUUGCUCCAAGCGACUCUCCCAAUCAUGACAACACAGGCUAUUUUACCAAGCCCAGGUCCAGAGACACCAAGCUCUACUGAGGCAAGUACUGAAACCACCAUUUCCACUCUGGUUUCUACUCCGUCGAUCCUGCCAACUACAUCUGCAGGAUAUUUGAAACAAAGUCUCUCAUCGUCCGCCCUCAUGGCGGUCACACAUCCCGCCAUACAAAUUGAAACAACUUUGAUCACACCAAUCCAUCAUUUCACAACACCAAUCGCCCACGUUGAUGAUCAGGCCACCCGAAUUGCAACUCCAGCCCUCAUUUCCGAUGAUAAGGUGGCAGCACAACAUGGACGCGGGUUUGGUAAACACCCGUCAGCUUUGAGUUUUUACCACCAAUGA